UUGCACGCAAUGUGAUCAAGAUUGUGAUGUGCACGUGAAUUAAUAUCACGAGUCAAGCUACCAACCACAUGCAAACGAAGCAGCUUUUAGGGACUUUUUCCAUUUUUUAUUAGAUGAAACAAGAUAGCAGGGAAGUGAAUAGAGAUGAAAAUUUUCAAAUACUUACUAUUUGUCCUUGUACGAAGCAGCUUUUAUGUAUUUUGUGAUUGCUAGUGUGGGGCUUAGGCGUUAAUUUUUCAGCCUUGCCUGUGUUUCUUCUGUUCCUGUGUACUUGUGGCUUUUGCCAAGCACAACAUCUCAGCUUGUGAUGUUUUUGCUAUUGGAAUAAAUUUUGGCUAUUUUAAAAAAAAAUCAAUUCACUCUUUGAUAUAUAGAUAUGAUUAUGAUACCUGCCAUGUAUCAAAGAAAAGGAAAUGGAUUAUAGAUCUGAUUAUGUAGCAAAUGGAUAAUAUAAGUUUUAAUUUUGAUGUUGCCAUCCAUAGUUGAUGUAGAAGGUAAGGGUAAAAAAGGAAAAAAAAAAUGAAAUGAAAAGUAGAACUUCUCUCGUCUUUCUUCGAAAGUUUGAAGGGAAAAGCAAAAGCGUGGGACCCACACCAAUUUAGCAUCUCUCGUCUUUCUUCGCAAGUUUGAUUAUGUAACAGAAGCCCAUGAAGAUAGAAGUAACCCAAAAAGGAAAGCCCAAGCCCAACAAUAAGAAAGGUUGAAAUUUCCAAUAAAUAUAACAGAAAAAACCGUCAAAGUAAAACUUCAAAGAAAAAACCCAUCCCGCAAAAAGAAGAAAGUAACAGUAACAGUUUCAAUCUUGUUCAUCUUUCUUGUGCGUGAAGAAAUCUUGAAAAAAUGAGUUCGAUUUUUCCUCUUAUGGUGCUUCUUCUUCUUGUUGCUAACGCCGUCACGGUGGUGAAUUCAAUCCCCAACAGAGAAUUCGAUUCAAUGCUCAACACUCUCCGAUCACGCGGUUACCACCUCUUCUGCAAUGCAAUCCUCACCUCCGAUCUUCGAAUCGAUCUUCUUGAUCCAAAUUCAAACGCCACAAACUCUUUCACUUUCUUCGCUCCCACUGAUUCUUCACUCUUCGCUCUCGACAUGACGCAAACUGCGUCGUCUUACACCGAUACUCUCCGUUAUCAUAUCAUUCCACGCCGUCUCACUCUUUCUGAGCUUCGUCUUCUUCCUAACGGUUACACGCUCCCUACGAUGUUAUCCACGCGCCGUAUUUCGUUCACGCGCCGAUCUGGUUCUUCUUCUGUUACGACUGUUGGCGGUGUGGAAGUUGCUUUUCCGGGAUUAUUUUACGGUCGUCAUGUUACUGUGCACGGUCUUGCUGGAAUUCUUAAUGUUAGAUCGGUUGAUUUCACUUCUCCGGCGCCGGCGCCGGUAAAUCCGAUUCAUUCACCAGAUCACCGUCAUUUCACUCCAAGAAGGAUUCCGCAUUCGCCGGAAAAGCAAAAUCAAACGGUUCUUGAUCCGGUUCCAAGAUCGGUUUCGUUCAAUGUUACAGGAAGGCAAGGCGGCGGCUCUAGUCAUGCGGUUGAAGCUCCGGUAAAACCACCAGCACCGGAACCAGCGCAAUCGCCGGAAAUUGGAAGGAUUCACGUUCAUUCUUCGGUGAAUUUCGGUACCGCUCCUUCUGCUGCGCCCGUUUUGUCUCCACAACAUUCUGAUUCAGGUAUAUCUUUUCCACCGGAGGGAUAUUCCGAGGCGGAGGCUCCUGCUCCGGCACCGGUGGGUCUGGAAGCGGUGGUGCAGAAGAAGAAGAAGAAUAGAAGAGUUUCGUUGAUGGAAAUGUCCGAGAAAUCAGAAGCGUUGGAUGGAGUGAGAAAGUGUGAAAGUGUAGCCGUUGGAUUGAAAGAGCACAUAAGUGAUAUUGAUGGUGUUGGUCACAUGCAGUGCUAUGCAGCAUAGGCUCCAUUUUUUGUAAAUUUGUGUUGUUAGUUUUUUACCAUUUUGUAUUGUUACUUUUUUACCAUUUUAUGCAACAUUUGAAGUAUGAAAUUUCAAUAGUCUCAAGAAAAAUAUGUACAAACUUAGAGUUUUCAAUCACCCAGUGUACUCGUAAUAUGCAAAAAAAUUUGGAGUUAUCUUUUAGGAUUCUUAUAA